AUGGCCGUCAAACCUGGAGUUCAGCGGAUCGAUCGCAACAACGAGGAGGCUAUCAUCCAAGCCAUAAUACAGGAUGGCUGUGUUAUCAUCAAGAAUUUUACAGACUCUGAAACUGUCCAAGCAGCCAAUGCGGAAGUCAAGCCAUACCUGGAAGCCGAUAAGCCUUGGAAGGGCGAUCUGUUUCCGCCAGAAACGCGUCGAUGUGCCAACCUGAUUGGAAGGAGCAAAACUGCUCGGGACAAAUGGCUCGUUGAUCCUCUUGUUCAGAAGCUAACUAGUACGUUCGUGGACAAAACCACUUCCAACUUUUACGGCGAAACGAAGCAUACCUAUACCAGUAAAGCGAUCUGCUCUAUUGCAAUGACUUUCGACAUCGGGCCCGGUGCAAAGGCACAACGGUUGCAUCGUGACGAUAAGAACUUUCACGUUGAUCAUAUCGAUCAGAGUGCCAUGGGGUACCGUCUCGGCUCUGAUGUCAUGAUGAAUAUUAUGGUUCCUGGGGUGAGGACAACAUAUGAAAACGGAGCCACUCUAGCAGUCCCUGGAAGUCACCUAUGGGGUCAAGACAGGGCACCAAAGACACAGGAAGCAAUAUGUGCAGAAAUGGAUGUUACCGAUGCUUGGGUUAUGCUAGGAGGACUCUAUCAUGCGGGUGGAGCAAAUACAACCGAAAAUGACCGUCGAAUCCUACACGGCUUCUUUUUCUGUCGUGGAUAUUUAAGGCAGGAGGAAAAUGCUUACUUGGCCAACUCCACAGAAGACGUUCUCUCAUGGUCUCCUGAAGUGCAGAGAAUUAUGGGAUAUGAAUUAUCAAGCCCCAAUAUUGGGUUUGUUAUGUUUAGAACACCACUGCAACAUUUGCGGGGGGAGAAUUCGGACACAUUUGGAGAUUUUGAUCCAUCUCAGGAAGGAAAGUAA